AUGAAAUUUCAAUGUCUUGUGACCUUGUUUACGUUCUUUUGCUUAGCGAUUCAAGAAAUUGUAUGUCGUUUUCUUCCAAACCAAAAAGCAGAUAAUGUUCCAAUGGGGGGCGAUAUAAGCGACCACAUUCACGAGAGAGAAAUGCACAAAGCCUUCUCCUGCAGGAAUAAGGUUUUUGUCUUCAAGCACUUUGGUCCAAGUCUCAAAGAGGUCUGCCAGAUUUUAAUGACACAACAUCGCCAAACUGUCUUCUCCAAAAGUCUAGUCAGGCUGCUAAAUGAUGAUCCUGUCGCAACGAAUGAAGAUUAUCUUUAUCCAGUCAUGAAAGACGGUACAACCCCAAGCUUACACAGCGAUGAAGAAACACCUAUUGAUUACAACCAACCUUAUGCCAUGGUAGUAUCUAAAAGAUGUGAGGUUAAAGCCAUGGUUAAUUUGCCACGAUAUUGGAAUAUCAAUUCGAAGGGCACACGAAGAUUAAUCACAUGUCAAAUAAUUCCUUUGGGAACUGAUGCUUAA